UUAAGGAUAAAUACAAUUAUACUCGCCAGUCUUAAAUACGAGACUAUUUUAUAAGAAACACGAAAAAAUGUUAAAAAUCUGACAAACAAAUUGGUGUUAUGUGCAAGUGAACAGGGCCUUGUUAACAAGUCAACGAAUAAUUAAAAACUGUUUUAUUAAAUAGAGAGAAAACCGAAAUAAGUUCAUACCAUACAUACAUAUAAAAAUGAAUAACUAUACGAGGAGAUACUGGCCGAUUGUACUCUACUUAUUUUCCUUUUCACUUUCCUUUAUCGAUGGCUCUUUUAUAUUGCCAGAAAAUGACCCUCCCACCACUGCGCCAAAAUUCUUAUCGCGGGGUCACUUGUACAAGGUCAUCGUCGGUGAGACCAUCGAGUUGCCCUGCAAGGUACAAAACCUCGGGUCAUUUGUGCUUUUGUGGCGGAAGGGUUCUUCCGUCCUUACAGCCGGGCAUUUGAAAAUAACCAGGGAUCAACGCUUUAAGAUAGUGGGAGACUAUAACUUGCAGAUUAAUGGAGUUAAGACUCAAGACGCCGGCGAUUAUAUAUGUCAGCUCGGAGAUCAGGAAAAUCGCGACCAAGUUCACACAGUAGAAAUUUUGGUCCCGCCGACGCUGAGGGCCCUGCCACACAAUGGACAAGUGACUGCCCGUAAGGGCAGCACUGUCACCCUGGAGUGCAAGGCAUCUGGGAACCCGGUGCCCACAAUAUUCUGGUUCAAGAAAGAUGUGUUUUCCGGGCCAACUCACUUGUCGGAUAGCUCAACCCUAAUAUUGGAAAAUGUGGACAGACAUCACGCCGGCACUUAUCAAUGUUCCGCCGAUAAUGGGGUAAAGGAUCGGGUAUCCAUGGACAUACAGCUGACCAUACUCUCUCCCCCGGAAAUAACCGUGGAGAAGUCCUGGGUCCAUGCAUCCGAAGGAUAUGAUGUGGAGCUUGUUUGCAUUGUUCACGGAGAUGUCAACUCAGAAAUGCUGUGGUAUCAAAACUCUUUCCUGCUCGAUGCCACCGAUCGGCGAUCUAUGUAUCCACGAGAUGAUAGAUACAGUCUUAUAAUCCGCAACUUCCAGCCAACAGAUUUCGGCAAUUAUAGCUGUGUGGCCGAUAAUGCUCUGGGAAGAACAAAGAAAUAUAUUGAAGUAUCUGGCAGACCAGGUCCUGCUGAUUUUAUUUCCCCCGCCUUAAGUGGAUACCUAGAUCAUUACAACUUGACGUGGACUAUCGAGUCUAUACCUCCGCUGGAUGAGAUUAAGCUCUUGUACCGACGUCUUUUGAUGAAUGAGACCUACCAGCAUCCUGGUAAAUGGCAUGAAUAUCACAUCAAGCCAACGCCAAUAAGAACAGAUGGAUCGCACUUUUUGAUGUCGUAUCUGGUGAAAAACUUGGAGCACAAUGCUGUCUACGAAGCGAUUGUUCAGGCUAAAAACAAAUAUGGAUGGAACGAGAUCAGCGAUAUUCACCAGUUUUAUACGCGAAAUCAUGAUCUUCUUCUUGACAUCGAUAUGGAAUAUAAAAUGGGCAUUUCAAGCAAUAUUAGAAUAUCUCCAACUGUCUAUGGAAUAGUUCUAUCUAUAAUUAUGUUAGUAUUCUAUCCCAUCAUUAGUGUUUAAGAUGAAAUGAGUAGGGUUUAUUUGCAAAUAUAAUUUAAAUGGUGCCUUACUAAAACUUUAGCAAAUAAUUAAAUUUACAUGUAUGUACAUUAAGAAACCGUAUAAAUGUAUUGAAAUCUCAAUAGAAUACUUCUCUCAAUAGAAUAUUAACGAACGUACUUCCGCAAUGGCUAAGGAUAUAAAGAGGAUCUUUAAAGUCAUCAUUUUUUAUCACUACAGAAAAGAAAAU